ACAAAACCAUAUGCCAUAAGAAGGUGAACAAAUCACUUUCCAUCUCCUGCUCUCUCUCUCUCUCUCUCUCUCUCUGUCUUGAACUUCAACUAUCUUUUGGACUCAGAAACUUAAAAUAUUCUUGCUGCCGCUUUAUCUCUCUCUGUAGCUGACAAGAAUCUCUAAUUAUUGGUCCUUUUAAUGAACAAAACGACAAUUUUUUUUAUUACAAAAUUUAAAUGGGUUGGUCGCUGUCUCGUCGGUGUUCAAUUUGUAUUUUUUUCAUUAAUUUUCGUUACAUCAUAUUAAUCAUACGUAUACUUCUCCACAUUAAGCUCAAAUCUAUUUUAAUUUCUAGAAAAUAUAUUUAAUUUAUGGAGAGGGGAGAGAUGAAAGAAAAGCUUUUGGUAAGAGGAGGAGAAGAAGAAGUUGAAUUCAAGGAGAAUAUAUGGAGAGAAAGCAAGAAGAUAUGGGUGGUAGCUGGUCCUGCCAUUUUCACCAGAUUUUCUACAUUUGGUAUUGUUAUCAUCAGCCAAGCCUUCAUUGGCCACAUUGGCUCUACUGAAUUGGCCGCUUAUGCCCUCGUCUUUACUGUUCUUCUGAGAUUUGCUAAUGGCAUCCUGUUGGGAAUGGCUAGUGCGCUAGAAACUCUGUGUGGGCAAUCGUAUGGAGCGAAACAAUAUCACAUGCUAGGAAUAUAUCUUCAACGAUCAUGGAUUGUAUUACUAAUUUGUGCGAUCCUGCUUCUGCCAUUGUUUAUCCUGGCAGCUCCGAUAUUAACUGCUUUAGGGCAAGACCCGCAUAUUGCAAAAGUAGCAGGAAACAUUUCUCUGUGGCUAAUACCAGUCGUCUUCUCCUUCAUUAUAUCCUUUACUUGCCAAAUGUUUCUACAAGCACAAAGCAAGAACAUGAUUAUUGCCUACUUAGCUGCCUUUUCGCUUUCGCUCCAUCUCCUUCUUUCAUGGCUCUUAACUGUUAAAUACAAGUUGGGAAUUCCAGGAGCAAUGGCAUCCACAAUUUUAGCUUAUUGGAUACCAAAUUUAGGACAGCUUAUGUUUGUUACUUGUGGAGGUUGUAGGGAAACAUGGAAAGGUUUUUCUGUCUUAGCAUUCAAAGAUCUUUGCCCUGUAAUCAAACUUUCUCUGUCUUCUGGUGCUAUGCUUUGUCUGGAGCUCUGGUAUAACACUGUUCUAAUUCUUUUAACUGGACAUAUGCAAAAUGCUGAGGUUUCUAUCGAUGCUCUUUCUAUAUGCCUCAGCAUCAAUGGAUGGGAAAUGAUGAUAUCUCUUGGUUUUUUAGCUGCUGCAAGUGUUCGUGUGUCGAAUGAGCUUGGAAGAGGGAGCUCAAAAGCUGCAAAGUUCUCAAUAGUGACGAUAGUUGCUACAUCAUUUAUGAUUGGGUUUGUUCUGUUUCUUUUAUUCCUGUUCCUAAGAGGAAGGCUAGCUUACAUAUUCACUUCAAAUCCUAAGGUAGCUAAUGCAGUGGCUGAUCUUUCGCCUCUGUUGGCUUUCUCUAUACUUAUGAACAGCAUACAACCAGUUCUCUCUGGAGUUGCUGUUGGAGCUGGAUGGCAGAGUAUUGUAGCCUAUGUUAACAUUGCCUGCUACUACUUCAUUGGAAUUCCAGUUGGAGUUGUUCUUGGUUAUGUUUUGAAUAUGCAAAUCAAGGGUGUUUGGGUUGGCAUGUUGUUUGGAACACUCACUCAAACCAUUGUUCUACUUAUAAUCACCUGUAACACUGACUGGGAAAAACAGGUGUCUCUAGCUCAUAACCGGAUUAAAAAGUGGUAUGUUGCAGAUUCUCAACAGAACACACAAGAUGGGUGACUUCAAACUUCCUUUUUCUGUAAUUUGCUACUUCUUCUUCUAUAUUUUGACCAAAUAAUAGAUUUCCCAGCCUUAAUCCAUCUAAGGUAAUUUAAAUUCAGUAUAUUGUAUAAAAACUGAUCCCCGUUCCAUGUAAAAUUAUAUUAUAAAAAUAAAAUUCAUUGUAUAAAAACGACAA